AUGUCGGCUGUGACAGGGCUGUCGCGAGCAGUUCGUGAGCCGGCCGCGCUUAACGCGAGCAUGUUACGCGCCUUGUCGCUCGACUCGUUUGAUCCCGCCGUCAGAACAGCCUUUUCCGCUAUGCAGAUUGAGUUGAAGUGUUGUGGCGUCCAUUCGUACACGGAUUGGUACAGUUACCGUAGGGGGCUGCCACCUUCGUGCUGCGGUCGAUUGUUAAAUGGCAAGAAUGGUGAACAGUGUGUUAGUCCGGUGCACGGCAUCGGUUGCUUACGCCCAGCGCUUGGCGAGCUUCGAAUGUUUAUUAACUCGAUGUGCGUCCUCGCCUCGGCUCUCAUCAUCGUGAUGGCUGCAACACUGUUUACGACUGCGUACACCUUAGUGUCGGGAGCACUGGAACGAAAAGAAUCGCGCGCACUGAAACUAACUCAGCCCCUGAGAAUCGCUUGUCUACACCCGACAUUACAGAACAUUAACCAGAAUCCGAGCAACCCGAUACCCCAAAUC